CUAAUACGAAAGGCCAGCGUGGGGGGUUACAAUAAGUACCUCGGUACCUAGCGAAUCUCUUCGUCGAUCGAGUGCAUACCUCCCGGUUUGAAAUCGCAGCCACAGACAUCAAUCAAUCGAAGUCUCCAUGUAACGAUCGUCGAAAUGACCGGACCAAAGCCAGGACAGAAGACAGUGCUUAUAACUGGCUGCACGCCAGGGGGCAUAGGGCAUGGUCUAUGCCUGGAAUAUCACCGACGAGGUCUUCAUGUCAUCGCUACUGCACGAAGAAUCGAGGUCUUGUCCGAGCUUGCAGCUCUGGGCAUGAGUACUCUCGCAUUGGACGUUACCGACGCCGAGAGUAUCAAAAAGUGCCAUGGGGAAGUUGAAGAGUUGACCAACGGAAAGUUGGAUAUUCUCGUGAACAAUGCGGGUCGCACGCAUACUCAUCCCGCAACGGACAUUUCGCUCCCAGAUGUCCGUCAGACCUUUGAGACGAACGUGUUCUCGAUCAUGGCCAUGGUCCAGGCCUUCGUAGACCUACUUAUCGCCGCCAAGGGCUUGAUCAUUAACAUCUCGUCUCUUUCAUCCGUGACACCUUACCUCUUUGGAUCUGUCUAUUGCGCAAGUAAGGCUGCCGUGGUUGCUUAUUCCCGUACUUUACGGUUCGAACUCGCGCCGUUUGAUGUUCGCGUGAUGGUUUCAAUGACGGGCACAGUCAAAAGCAACACAGCGAGUCAAGCGCAUCGAGUAUUACCAGAGAACAGUCUUUACAAGCGUGCCAGUGAUAUCUUCCAAUGGAGACUGGUCUUCAGCCAAAAUGCUUCUACGGUACCUACGGAAGUGUUCGCGAAGAAGCUGGUCCAGGAUUCGCUCCGUCCCGAGCGACCAGCGAUCAUACGACGCUUUUUUGGACGUCCAGAUUGGUUUUGGUAUGGCGGCCUAGCAGGUCUUGUGUGGUUUGGGACAUGUGUAGGCGAGUGGAUUGUUGAUGCUAUGUGCUGGCGUACAUUCCGCAUGGAAGAGAUGAUAAAGGUUCUCGAUUUUAAGAACCAGCAGAAAAAGCUCAAGUGAGAUUAAAAUUCUUAUUCAUUUCAACACGGAGUAGAAUCAGCUCCUUCGGCUUACGGAAUAUGGACCUAUGGCCCGGGCACCAACACGUCGUGGUAGAAAAUGCUGGUUGGCGUAAACGUAUCUGGGUUGAAUUGAGGCGCUUGAUGGUGUGUUAGAUCGAUUUUUUAUAAUCGACAUUUUCGUUCGUUAACGGAACCUCUCAAUAUCUAACAAGGCCUACAUUACCUUGCGAACUUGCCUACAUCGUAACCGGGAUACUAUACAAUGAGAAAACAGGUACUUGCGUACAUAUCGGCGUGUCAUAUCCCAGCUGAAGGCACCUUGAGUAACCCAAAUACAGCCACUCGUUACCUCCUUAGGCUACUUACAUAUGUAGGUUGCGUAGAGGCUCAGAAAAUUUACUCCGAGCUCCGGAUCUCC